GGGGUUUCUGCCCGUGGUAGUUGAAGCGAGGCGAUAGUGUUUCCAGCCACUCGUCAAGUCAGCGUGAGGGGAUUCCGGAAACCCUAUCGCGAACUCCUCGCUGCCCUUGGGCGCCUACCUUCCACCACUCCCAGUUUAGCCUCUCGUCUUCAGAUCUGGUUCUUCAGGUACCGGAAUAUUCAAUCUUCAUCAGAUUCUAGCAUUAUUAUGUCGGAAUUGGACGCUGGCAAAGGAAUGACGGAACUGAAAAUUAGGACCAGUUCUAAGUACCCUGGGUAUCCUUGCACUUCGGUUUCAGUUCCUGGAGGACUGGAUUUCAAGAAGAUUCAGGAGGUUUUUCUUGAACGGUCUCUUUUGAUUGCCAAGUCCAGACCAAAUGAUAUAUUCACCCAAGAUCCUACUCCUAAGUCGCUACGCAUGGCCUUCUAUGAUCUAUCUCCCAAACUGCGGCCCGUCCUAGAAAGAGAUAGCGUCCGGUCCUUCCUUCACUUAUUUGUGAACAACAAGGGCAUGACAUGGAGUUAUACCAUCACCUCACAGACCUUAACUUACAUGAUCAGUUAUGAUGCCCUACGAUGUGUGAAAGUUAUAUUGGAGGGCAAGGUACCAAGGCUCAAUGGACAGCAUGCCAAUCCCAACUGCAUUAACCCAUAUGGAUACUUCCCUCUCCAUGAAGCUGCUGAAAGGUUUUCUACUGACAUGAUCAAGUUACUCUUUCAUCAUGGUGCAUCAGCCAAUGUACGCACAGUUGGGAAUGACAUCAUUGAGAACCUACUCCCACUCCAUGUUGCGGUCGAGAAUACUUGCCUGCAUAAGUAUCUGGAGGAUAAUCUAUUUCCAUACCAGAAUCAUCGAGAUUAUAUCUACAAGAUUAUCCAUCUGCUAUGCAUGCCUGAAAUGAAAAUAUUUUUGGACACAGUUAAACUGCUAGCAGAAAGAACAGAUAAUCUAGUUGAUGAGAUAUGGAAUUAUGUGAAGGAUGGGAAGCUUAUCCAUUCUGCAGUUUUACUUUUGGCAGCUCAAGCGCAACUCCGCGGGGGAUGUUCCUCCAUAAGCAAUGACAAUAGUAAGCGAGUUGGGUUUGAUAUCAUAAUGUGCUGUAUAUUGAAACAUUUGGGUACCCUAAGAUUGGAGGAUAAGAAUGCGAAUGCACGGAAGCUGCUCGAGGAAGAGAUAAUAUUUAUGGAUCUUAUAGGCCAUCUUGUUGAUAUAGUAUCCCAAGAUGGUGAAGCCCUUUCUGCAUACAUUCAGACACAUUCAGAGGUGCCUCACAUGGAGGUUCUGGGACGGGUUUCUUCUAUUCUCAAGGAGUAUGGGUUUUGCCCAACUGAAGGAAUCGUUGAUGUUAAGAACCUCCGCCCUUAUGACUGCAUAACGUCCAACCAAGAGUUAUACCACAAAGGGCCUAUGGAUUCAACCAAGGGAGUUACAGGAACGGAUAAUCUCUGUGCUGCAGAGGAAGUAAAUGCUGUGGAGAAGAAACUUCGUGGAGGAUGGGAUCCCACAUACACAAGGAGAAGGUUCUUCCCUUACUGGAGAUCAGUGCUACUGGCCAGGUGUUUUGUAAAGGUGUAUCCACCCUACGCAACAGCAGAUGCCAGUCAACCUACUGUAACAACUCCUGUUCCAGGUCUUAAGCGUCCCGUGUUUGGAAUAGCUCCACAGCUAUCAAGAAAUUGCCAGUCCAGAAGAUUUUUUGGUAUUGGCAUCCACAGCUAGGUCUGCACUUGGUUGUGAAGACCUCCGUCGCUCUUGGGGUAGCUCAAUGGACAGUAAUCCAAUUCAAAAUCACAACCUUUCACUGCUGGGAAGAGUUGGGCAACUACUGACAAAUAAUCGUCAAUCUAGAAGACAUUUUGGUACUGCUGUGUCCAUACUCUUGAAGGUGGCUAGGAAUGCGUGACCAGUUGGCCAUGAAGUUUGCGGUUACUCAUGCUGAGCUGUUAUUCAGUACAUGUUUCUCCGAGAUGGGAAGAUGAGGCUGUUGGUUUGCGGCUGUGGGCGUGCAUUUUUUGUCAGCUUAUAAGAGCAUUGUUCAUUGUUCGAAUGACAUGCCACCCUAUAAAUGUAUGGCCGCCCAGUGAUGUACGAAGUACCAUAUAUGUAUUCGUAUGUUCAGAUC